ACACACAGGAAAAUGUUUUCCACUGGGCUAUUUGUUAAUAUACCUGUCUGUUUCUUUUUAGAGUUCCAUCGGAGUCAAGAAACCUGAUGACAAACCCAAUGAUGUCUGUGAGCUCUUUACUGACAUCAGGACAGCAGAAGGUCCCAAUGGUUCCCUCGCCAUUUGGGCCUCCAAUUGUGGACAGAGAUGUCUUGUCUUCCAGUAUAGCUCCAACUGACCCAAGCCAGUUUUGUGUUCCUUCCCAAUUUGGAUCCUCCGGUCUCCCAAAUGCAAAUAUGCCAAACCCGCUAUCCAGUCACUUCUACUCAGGCUGGGGCAUUUUACCACCUGAACCCAUAAAGGCAGUGACCACAAGGAAUGAGAUGUUUGAAAGACAUCACGCUGCCAGGGCAGAAAUGGAAAUGUAUUCUCUUUACCAGCAACGUAGAAUGGAAAGAGUUAAUCCCAAAGGACUCUCUGGCCUGGGAAUACCACUCUUCUAUGGGUCAAGUUGCCUGGGUGGCCCCACGGGUUUCCAGGGCAGGAGCACACUGCCGGCCAGUGAUGUGCAUUUGCACAGGAGCACCUUCAGACACCUUCAGGGAAACCCUAUUCUGCUAGCAACUAGACCCCACUUUACAGAGUGCUGGGGCCAGAAAUACCGACUCAGGAGAGGUGCAGUUUACCAGAAGCCUCCAGAGAGUGACACUGAGAGUUUCAAAAGUCAAGCAGAAGAAAAAAGCUCAAGCCAGAUGCCCACACUUUCCUAUGAGGAGGAAGAGUAUAUCAAGGAUCCAGACAUUGAGGUAGACAACCAGCAGAAGCCAAGGGUCGCUGAUGGAAAGCCAACUACAGUUCCCGCCAACCCCCACGGAGAACUCCAUACACACCAGAGGAAACCGUCUUCCCUGGAGGCAAACGCAUGGGAUGAUGGGAAGGGAAAGCCCUCUGAACAGGUCUAUGAAGGCUGUGAUGGAAAGAAUGGGGUUUUCCGGCCAGUCUCCAUCCUGCCUCUGUCAGGAACACAUGAGCAGGUUGCACUCAGAGAAAACUGCUCUUUGUCUGAUAUUCAGAAGUGGACCGUGGACGAUGUGUAUAACUUCAUCAGAAGCCUUCCAGGCUGCUCAGACUAUGCCCAGGUCUUUAAGGACCAUGCGAUUGAUGGAGAAACACUGCCCCUUCUCACAGAACAGCAUCUUCGAGGCACCAUGGGACUCAAGUUGGGGCCAGCACUAAAAAUUCAGUCUCAGGUAUCUCAGCAUGUGGGAAAUAUGUUCUGUAAAAAACUUCCUUCACUUCCCACCCAUGCAAGGCAAGCAUUUGAUCAGCCAGCAGACACAUCCCCUCUUUUGGACAUGAGUUCCUGGAGUGAUGGUUUGAGCAUUCCUGGUCCCCAGGAUCUACUGAGUCCUAAAAGAACUGAGCAAGACGUUAUGAGAAAUUAAAAACACCCAAAGACACAGAUGUUCCAGAUGUCACCAGCAGGGUGUGAGACCUUCAACUGGUGGACAAAAAGAGCGAGACCAUGCUCACAGAAUGUCUUGGAAGAAGGAUCUCACCCAACAGGCUUCCUGGUAAGCCGAAGCAAACCAAGCACCAAGGUUCUGAAGAACUGCCCCGAGGAGAAAAUGCGAAUGGGGAGGGGAAUUUACAGACUACGUUUACAAGCUACAAUCCGAUGAUUCUGUGAAGAAAAUUCUGAAGAAGUGGAGAGCAGAAACUGAAAGGGAACCUCCUUCUACUCACUCCUUCCAUCGCCCAACCCUGAUGGAGCAGCAGGUGCUGAUGGGAGGAGGCAGGGCAAAGCUGAUGAGAGACAGCACCUUAUCUCCUAGCCACAGCAGCGUCUAGCCUGCAGUGGGGCCUACAAGGGGGAAGUUAGGAUUUACCGGAGGGGAGGGGGAAAGUUAUCUGUGUGUAACAAGUUGGAACUAGUGAGAGAGAGGUGAUGAUAAAGGUGGCUGUGUCCAGGCUUCCAACUUAACAUUUGACAGAAUGACUCCAAAGGGACACACACACACACACACACACACACACACACACACACACACACUGGCAACAGUAUGAUCAGAGAGGGGACUGGCUGGCAAGCAUAGGAGGUCUUAUUUUGAAUGGUCUGAAUUGUAAACCUUGAGAAUGUGUCUCACGUGACACUCUCAGUUCAAGUAAAUAAACCCUAGCAGAAAGCCUUUAAGAUAGCCCACCCAUUGUCGAGGGUGCUUGCCUUUGUAUACCCCUCCCCUACAGUGUGCUGAACCAAAGAAACACACCUUCCUAAGCACACCCAUAAGGCCCGGCAGGGAUCCCUGCUGUGGCUUCUGUCCCAUUUCUACGUCAGUUUCCCUCUCCAAGAGGCCCUGGGUGACACCACGUGACUAACCUUGACAGUGGACACCGCAGAGCUUGCCUGCCUUUCAGGUAUGUGAAAGUCUUGGUCCACAGCCUAAUGCCAACUCACAAGACCUUAGUCCAGGCUCUCUGCCAAGCCUCCGUUCAGUCCCUGACCACAGAACUGUUGUCGCAAACUUGCUGUUUCCAGUCACUGCUUUUUGGGGUCCUUUCACAGACAUGGAGAAUUGAAACACAUAGAUUUAACUUACUGACACAGAGAGCACAGUACUGACUCCCCGUUUGGUCUGGAAGGUGGGCAUCCAAGCCCUUCCUCUAGAGUUCUCAUUUAGUUUUGUUUUGGUAAUUUUUGGUUUUUCUUUCUUCCAUGACAAGGGUUUGGUCUCAUAUAAAACUUAUCUAUGUCAUUUAUGUGUUCAUGCAGGUAUUAGUGUGGGUUUAGACUUUGAAACUGGAAAGAGCAAACAGAGAUUUGGAUGAAUUCAGUUGUGGACUGUGGCCAUGUGUGGUGGGAGUGGAAACGAGGGGUCCCGGGAGUGGGAGGGCAAAGCGGUGGGGGAGAAUCAACAAAAGAGUCUCUGCUUGAAAAUCUCAUCAUUAAACCUAAUACUUAGUAUGUUAACUUUUAAAAUUAAUUGUUCAAAAGCCUGUCAGACCAUCAAAUAUACUUGCAAAAUUUUAGCUUAAGCUCUUUAUCGUUUUGUUGAGAGACAGUCAAAAAGCAGAAAAUCUCCACAACUUUCAAAUUUUUAUUAAUUUUUCUUAAGAUGGGCAUUAUGCUGGUAGAUAACAUGUGUCAAGGUUUCAAUUAAAAGUAACUCGAAAAAUA